AUGGAUAGCGAAUACGAGAACAAAACCCUUACCUCAUUAGGCGAGUCCAUCCGUUUAGAGCUUCAGCAGAGGCUCUCAAGCAAAGCAGAAAUAUACCUGCCGUUCGAUGCAGAUACAUCGCAGUUUGAAAAUGCUAAUUUGCGUUUCACUCAGUAUUCGCGUCCUACAUACCUCGCCAUUGUCAAUCCAGGUUGUCAAGAUGACGUGGUCCAGGUUGUCAAGUACGCUCGAGAAAAGAAUAUUCCAUUCACACCUCGAGGCGGCCAUCAUGCUGUCACCAGUACUAUGAGGAAUUUCAAGAACGGGAUAUGCAUAAAUAUGCGACCACUCAACCAGAUGCAAUGGAACGCGGAGAAGCGACACGUCACUAUCGAGGGAGGCGCAAUAACGGAUGAGUUUGUAAGAUACCUGUAUAGUUUGGGUAUGGAAGUCAAUGUCGGGUCAUGUCCUACUACUGGUGUGAUCGGUGUAGCCUUUGGUGCCGGUCUAGGACGUUUGCAGGGCAAGUACGGCUUUCUACAUGACAACAUGGUCUCUUGCAAACUUGUACUCGCCGACGGCAGUGUGGUAAUAGCUUCAGAAACUUCGCAUCCAGAUUUGUUCUGGGGUAUCAGAGGAGCAGGCCACAACUUUGGAAUCGCACUCGAGGCUACGUUUCAAGCCUACCCACAAGCACACGGAGGCAUACAUCACACAUGGGACUUUGAGUACACCCUAGAUCAGUGUGAUGAAGUGUUCCGAACACUAAAUAGUGUAUCUGAGAUCAUGCCUGCUGAAUUGGCAAUCUUUAUUUUAUGGCUACGACAGAGUGAUGGUCGCAAGCACAUCAUCCUUGUUAAUUUGGUAUGGUCUGGACCAUUGACAAGCGCAGACACUUACACGAAACUCUUCGAGAACUUGGACCCUGUUCUCCACAGUGGGCCAAAAUCUGUGCCCUGGCCGGAAUUGCCAUUCUCCACGUACAAGGAGAUGAACAAACUUUACUGCAAGACGGAAGUUUGGCUUUUGGCCCCUAACAAGAUGAUGGGCGCAGCUUGUGUGAAGUCAUUUGACCUGAAGACCACACGCGAGUUUUUUGAGAGUGUUAAAGCCAUGAGCGAACAGUGGGAAGGACGGGGCUGGUUUAGCGCAAUGUUCGAAUGUUUGCCAGACCAGCGUGUGCGAGAGAUAUCUCAUGAUGCGACAGCGUUCCCUUGGCGUGGAGGAUCAAACCACUUCCUGAUGUUAAACGCUACACCAGCACGGGUAGAGGAUCGACCAGCAUUCGAGAGCCAUCUUGACCACUGGAAACAACGCUUCAUAGACACGUCUGGGUACGGCCGCUUGCAGCAAUAUGUUAACUAUGGGAACAGCACGGCCACCAUGAAAGAUCCUCUAGAGGCACUAUAUGGCUAUGAGCCCUGGAGGCUGGAGAGACUCAGGUCACUCAAACAAAGGUAUGAUCCAGACAACCAGUUUAGAUGGUAUCAACCAAUUAUUGAUGCAUGA